CUCGGAGAAGUAAAUUUAAAAAGCGUAUACAAGGACGUCAAACUUUUAUAACAUUGUAUACAAAAAAAUUGUUUACGUCUAAGACAAAGUAGUACUCAUAAAUGUGAAUAAAUGGUUAGUUUUAUUUCUUUCGAUAUUCGUAAAAAUGAACAAUGUAAUAACAGGUACAUUUAAUACGGGUGAAUAUCAUGGGUAUAAUGUCAAAUAUUCUCCUUUCAGUAAGCAUUUAUUAGCUUGUGCAGCGUCUCAAAAUUAUGGAAUUACAGGGCGAGGACGUUUGUUUAUUUUGGAUGUUAAUUAUAGCAAACAAGUGACUGUUGCAGGGACCAAGGACUGGCCUGAAGGCUUGUUUGAUGUUACUUGGAGUGAAGUAAAUCCUCAACUUGUUGUUACAAGUUGUGGUGAUGGUAGUAUUCAAAUAUGGGAUAUCUAUGUAUCUCCAGAUCCAGUUUCAGUGUACAAAAUUCACAACAAAGAAGUAUAUUCCGUAGAAUGGAAUCCUCAAAAUUCAUACACUUAUAUUUUAUCAGCAUCAUGGGAUCAUACAGUAAAAUUGUGGGAUCCUUUUGCUGCAAAAGGAGUGUCAUCCUUUGUCGAGCAUACUGAUCAAGUUUAUGAAGCAUGUUGGUCUCCUCAUUGUGUGGAAGUGUUUUCCUCAGUUUCAGGUGAUAGAACACUCAGAUUGUGGGAUAUUAGAACUCCAGCUCGUGCUUAUGCCUGCUAUCCUCAUGAAACAGAAGUUUUAUGCUGUGACUGGAGUAAACUGAAUUCAGAUGUAAUAGCUACAGGUACCACAGAUGGAAGAAUAUUUGAAUGGGAUGUCAGAAAAAUGUUGGAUCCUCUUUUUGUUCUCUCUGGGCAUGAAUAUGCAAUAAGACAGUUAAAAUUUUCUCCAUUUGAACGUGGAAGAUUAGCUUCAGUAAGCUAUGAUUUUACUACGAGAUUUUGGAAUUGGAAUGUGGCACAUGCUCUGCAAGUCCACAAAGAGCACUCUGAAUUUGUAUAUGGAUUAGAUUUUAGUCCCAUGAGGCGCAAUGAAGCAAUUGAUUGUGCUUGGGACUCCUUACUUUGCAUCUACAAUGAUAGAACCUAGAAAACUAUAUUAACCUAGAAGAUUUUUAAAUAUUUUUGUAUGAUUUGUAUAUAAUCGUAAACUCUUGUAAUAAACCCUCAUUUUGUACUUUAAAAUAUAUUACUUUUUUUUAUUCACACUUGAGAUAUAAGUGCAGAAAGAAAGUAUUUGUCAAGUAUAAGGUGUUGUAAUAAAACUUCUUUAAAAUUAAUUUGGCAA